UGACGUCAAUCAAUAUGUUUGCAUUUGUCGACGUGGUUACGCAGGUGUUAACUGUGAUACUGAAUUGGAUGAGUGUGAAUCUUCCCCCUGUAUUCAUGGCAACUGCCUGGACGAAGUCGGUGGAUAUAAUUGUUCAUGCUACUUGGGUUACUAUGGAAACCAGUGUGAAUUUGAAAUCGACGAGUGCCAAUCAUCACCCUGUCAAAAUGGCGGUGACUGCAUGGAUGCCAUCAACGCUUUCAAUUGCACAUGCGUACAAGGAUUCACUGGACUGACAUGCGCAGACGACGUUGAUGAAUGCAUUAUGGGUAAUCCUUGCAAAGGAAACAGAGCAUGCGUGAAUCUACGAGGCGGUUACAAAUGUGAAUGCAAAGAAGGUUUCAUAGGAGAUGGUUGCAUGACACCCAUUGAACUCUGUGAUGGAACGCCGUGCAUAAACGGCGCAUGCGUGAAUAAAGAUGACACAGUUAGAUGCGGUUGCUAUGACAACUACUUUGGGGAGUCAUGCCAAUAUGAAUUGCCAUAUUAUGGAUAUUCGGUGAUGCUCAUCGGUGACGUCACGGAUGUGGAUGGUUUUGAGAACGACAUGGGCAUCACCCUCAUAACAGCAUUGCAGGCCGACGAAGAUGACGUCGUAGUCACGGUUAUGGAGGACGUACGCUACAUCGCCGAUGAAACAAGAACUGAACUGACGAAACUUACGUUCAUAGUUCUCUAUGACGACGGGUACAUAUCUGCUGCCAAGAUCAGCGAACUAUUGUCCACGUUCCCACAAGACACAAUGGAACACAGGAUUGGGUACAAGUUGUACGAAGGAGAGGCGGAACCGGUCACCGACCCGGUAAAUGAAGAUGACGAUGAUAGGGGACAAUUAUCUGCUAAUUGGUACAUCAUUCUUAUCGUAAUCAUCAUCUUAAUCUGCAUAAUAAUUGUCAUAGUAGCUGCAGUUUUGGUUUACAGACGAAAAAGAGUCUGUAAGAAGCAGAUAAUAGAAAACGACUACGUUGACAUGGACCCCAUGCAAGUGGCGUUUGAAAACAAAGUUUACAGCGACCUGACGUCAUCAGAAAACGUGACACAGACCAGUACAUCGAAAGAGAAUGAGUGUUGAUUCAAAGAUCCACAAAUUUUGCAGAAAAAAAGUGUGCAGAAAAAGAAGAACGAACAUCUACAGCUCUUUCAACAACAGGAUCCGUAUUGCAACCAAGACAGUUCACACUUUUAUGUUGAUACAUUGUAUCUAAUUAUGUAGAUUACGUCUACAACAAAAGAGGUGUGGAUGAUACUGAUAUCCAAAGAGCUGUAGUUGUGCAUUUUAUAAUGAAAAUAAUGUUGGAUUAAAACAUAAAAUUUGUAGGCUUGCAACAUAAUGGAUCAAACCAUGGGACAGAGCAAGAAGUGUUAAGUGCCAAUCUUUUGUCAAAUUAUACAGAAAUGCAUAAUAAUUUCGUUUAUUCUCUCUGGACUUCACAUUGGUUAACGUGUAGUUCAAGUUACUGAAACAGAGUACAGAAAACAUUGAGUUACAGCCCCCAUAUUUUAGAAACCACGUCCACUUUUGCGAAACCACACAAAAUUGUAAUUUGUUGUUCAAUUAACAAAACUUCGAGUUUACGGGCAACAUUCAUUUUUGUUGUUGGUGAACGUCCACAUUUAUUAACUCGAACUUUAAUCCAAACUUACGGGCAACAUAGAUUUUUUGUUUUGUUUAACGUUCAAAUUUAGUAACUCGAGUUACGGGCAACAUGUAACGUUAGAGAGAGAGAGAGAUAUUCACUGAA